AUGACCUAUGACCAAUUUCUCAUCGUCGACUGCCUAACGGCAUAUAACGUCAUAGUUGGACGAACGACACUCACCGGAAUCAAAGUGCACCUAUCCCCCCAUAUGUUGCUGAUGAAGUUCUUGACUUGUAAUGACACUGGCGUUGUCCGAGGAGACCAACUCAGUGCACGGACGUGCUAUGCAACAGCGAUGAAAUCGAUAGCCUCUAAACCUCCCAGAGAGACCAUGUUUGUCCAAGGGGCACCGAACGGUAACGGACCCGUUGACGACCCAAGGGAAGAAAACCCGACGCCACAAACACAGUCUGUCGAAGAGCUGGAAACGGUGGUGCUAAGCGAAGAGCAACCUUAUCGAUGUGUCAAAAUCGGCACCGCACUCAUCCCAUCUCUCCGAGCGCAAUUCAUCGAGUUCUUACGACAUCAUUCAGAGGUGUUCGCCUGGUCUUAUGAUGACAUGCUAGGCAUCUCUCCGGAGGUCAUUAGCCAUAAGCUCAGCAUCUUCCCUGCCUAUAAACUUGUAAGACAAAAGCGUCGUUCGUACGAUGUCGAAAGGUACGAAGCCAUGUGUACCGAAGUUGACAAGCUAAAAGUCAUGGGCUUUAUCAUGGAAGCUACGUACCCUGUCUGGCUUGCAAACUCGGUAAUGGUACGGAAGGAGAAGGGCGGGUGGCGAAUGUGCCAGGACUAUAUCUACCUGAAUAAAGCCUGUCCGAAGGAUAGCUUCCCAUUGCCCCGGAUCGACCAGCUCGUGGACGCUACCGCCGGUCAUGAAUUGCUCAGCUUCAUGGACUCAUACUCCGGGUAUAAUCAGAUAUUCAUGCACCCUGUCGAUAGCGACCAUACGACGUUCAUCACUGACCGGGGUUUGUACUGCUACAAUGUCAUGCCGUUAGGCCUGAAGAAUGCGGGGGCAACAUAUCAAAGGCUCGUUAACCGAAUAUUUGCCAAACAUAUCAGUAGCAUCAUGGAAGUGUACGUUGACGAUAUGUUGUGUAACACCCCGACUCCAAAUUUAUUCCUAUUUUAA